UCUUUUUUUUUUACCCAGAAUGCCAUCUGAGGCCCAGUCUCAGGAGCCUCGGGACAGUGGACCGACCCCCCCCGUCACUCGGGCCAAAGCCGCAGCUACUAGCCCCGCCCUCGAGAGGCGUUGUCGUGGGCGACCUCGGAAAGAUGGCCGCUCUGUGCCCUCCACACCUCCUCCACCCUCCAAAUCAAGGAAGAAGGGACGGAGUCGAGGCCAAGCCCAGGUAGAGGAUGAAGAGAACAUGGACACCAAGGAGAAGAAAACCCCCCAGAAGACAGAAGUGAAGGAGAAGACAACAGGACAACGUCGGUCCACCUCCAGGAGAAAAUUCAACACAAACCCUAAACCAGACCCUGAACCAAGCCAGGAACCUGACCCGGACCCCCCUCAUCCUGACCCCACAGUCCCAGAGUCCAGCCCAGAAUCAGCUCCCAGUGCUAAUGAGGAGGACAGAACCAGUCCUGCUGCCCCGCUAUCCACCUCCAUCCCAGGACCAGCUUACAUUCCUGGGGAAGAACCUCCAGUCGACAGACCCAGACUUGCUCCUGACCCGCUGGAGGAGCACCGAACCAGACCUGCUCCUGAUCCUCUGGAGGAGGACAGACCCAGACCUGCUCCUGAUCCUGACCCUCUGGAGGAGGACAGACCCAGACCUGCUCCUGAUCCUGAUCCUGAUCCUGACCCUCUAGAGGGAGACGUGGGCGGGGCCAGUCCUCCGGUCUCCCCCCCACUGGUGGACGAGGACUCGCUGUCCCCUUUGUUCCAGCUGUCAGAGGACUCUGGGGGGUCGCCCACUCUGAGUCUGGGACACACCAAAAAACGACUGAAGCAGUGUGCCUUCUGUUACCGUGGUGAAGACCCUCCUCUGGGUCAGGGCCCCCUGGUGGUUUUCGGUCCGACGCCCGGUUACAUCCCACUGCACAUCCUCAACCGACGCACCUCCUCCGACCGAGACAACGACUGUCACGACCACUGCUACCGUGGUGACCAGGCCCCGCCCACGUGCAGCAGUCCAGAACAGUGUGGUGAGUACUCUCUAUAUUCAGAACAGUACCCUAGAACCGGUCACCCCAGAACCAGUGGGUCUAGAACCAGUGACUCUAGAACCAGUGGCUCUCCUUCAGUCUGAUCAGAUCUAUUGAUCCUGGUGAUGUUCUCCUG